AUGGCCGAGUUUGUGACCGAGAACUCUAACAUCUUUGAGGAGUUAGGGAGGUAUCUUAAGAGACAAGGCAAGCAGAAGGCCGAGUCCUCUAAAAGGAAGUCAGAUGGAUCUCCUGAAGGCUCGUCUGAAGAAGAAUCUGACGGGAGGCGCUUGAGCCGAAGUGUUUCAAAGAGAGCAUUCUCCAAGGCCAUUUCUAAGGUAGCCUCCCUGACCAGGUCAUUGUCAAGAGGGCUCUUGGGCCGACGACCUGAGGAACCUCGACCCAUGGAGAGAGCUGGGGUGGAUUACCAAAGGGCUCCACCCUUCACGGAUGACAUAAAUGAGGAGAGGCUUCCUCCCAACUUCAAGCUCCCCUCGAUACCAUCUUACGACGGCCGAGGUGAUCCUGAAGACCACAUUCAUGCCUUCAUCUCGGCCUUCCGCCUGUAUUGCAUCCCUGACCCCGUCAUAUGCCGGGCUUUCCCAGUAUUCCUCCAGGGGACAGCUCGAAAAUGGUUCUGGGAUUUAGAACCUAGGAGCAUUUCAACCCUGGAGGAAUUAGUGGAGAAAUUUCUUCACCGUUUUGUCUCCUCCCGACCUACGACCAGGACCUCGGCUUAUCUGUUGAACAUGCAACAGAACCCGGGAGAAUCAGUUCGAUCGUACGUCCAGAGGUUCCACGAAGAAAGCGUGCAGAUACCUAAUCCUAAUGAGCAGGUCACCAUUGCUGCUUUUACCUAUGGGCUCGUUGCCGGAGUAUUCAAUACGGGGAUUCACAAGAAGUAUCCCCGCACACUCCAUGAACUGUGGUUGAAGGUCGAGAAGGGCAUACAGGCCGAAAACCUCAACUGCAUGAAGAAAGAGGUCCAGACCACCCGCUCAAGGACCGAUCCCCGAAGGGGAAAAGAGGCUGGCCGAAGUGAAGUGGGGGUAGGGAGUGGCUUCCAAAACCCUAACCGAGACCGCCGCAGCAUGUUCGACCGAAUCUCCAAGGGGAAAGCAUCCAUCCCCGGGUCCGAGUUGACCCCUUUGAACACUAUUCGGUCCCGGGUGUUGUCCAUGAUGGAACAGAACAACCUCGAGAAAGCACCUCUGAAGAUGUUCGGUAGCAGGGACAAGAGGAACUCUAACCUCUACUGUCUGUAUCACCGAGACAUCAGGCACGAGACCGAGGACUGCAACGACCUUAAGAAGGAGAUUGAAAACCUUAUCAGGCAGGGGCACCUGAAGCAGUUCAUCCGUCGAGGUGGAGGUCACCAACGUAGUGAACCCCGAUGUGACAGGCGGGGUGAUCAACGCCGAGACGAAAGGCGGACGUCUAGAAGCAGUUGCAGGCCCCCAGACGAUCCUAGGGAGACAAAAAGGCCUCCCCGAGACGGAUCUUCAGGUCAUGGAUUAGGGUAUGGACCCAACAUAGUCGGGGUCAUCAAUACCAUCGCCGGAGGUCCGACGGGAGGAGAUAGUCAAAACUCCCGGAAGAGGACCUAUAGGCAAGCCAACCCGGAUCAGGCCGAGUCUAGCUCUCGCCUAUCCGAGGUGUUCUCUUACAGAUCUAGUGAUCCUGUCCCAGUUGCCUCGAGUAGCCAUGAGGCUUUGGUGACUGAAGUGCUCACCAACAAUUACAUUGUGAAGAAAGUCUACAUUGAUCCAGGAAGCUCGGUGGACGUCAUGUACCUCCGCACGUUUGAUAGCCUUAAAUUGGCCAGGGAGCGCAUGAUCCCAGUAAGAACCCCCUUGGUAGGGUUCGGGGGACACGUUGUGCAUCCCGAAGGGAUGGUGACCCUGACGGUAACCGUGGGAUGUCACCCCCGUUGCCGAACUAUCCCUGUCAAUUUUGUCGUGGUAAAGGCUGACUCCCCGUACAACAUGCUCCUGGGACGACCCACGCUCAACGCUUUGCGAGCGGUAUACUCAACAUUCCAUCUGAGCUUUAAGUUUCCCACCUCCGCAGGGGUCACCGAGGUGAGCAGCGACGUCUGCGCUGCCCGGGAGUGUUACCUCGUCACUUUACAAGCGGCCUUUCCAUCUACCUCUGAUAGAAGGUCCGAAAAGAUGUCGGACAUUCUCUCAAUUGAUUGCAUCGACCCUCAACAAACGGUGAAGCUCCAGAGGCUGGAAACCGGAGAUGAGGUGGAGGAGAUCCCCAUGGACCCCACGAAUCCGGAUCAAAUGAUCCGCGUUGGCAUCUGUUUGCCUGACUCAGUUAAGAAAGGAAUGGUGGAUCUUCUCAGAGAAUACCGGGACGUCUUUGCUUGGGCCGCAGAUGAGGUCCAAGGAGUCCCGCAUCACCUCAUGCUACACGAGCUUAACGUUGACCCCCAGGCACGGCCGGUCAAACAAAAAAGGAGGCACCUCGGCCCUGAGCGUAGCCGAGCUAUUGGUGAAGAAGUGGACAAGCUCCUGCCCGCAAAGAUAAUCCGGGAGAUCCAGUAUCCGACCUGGUUAUCCAACCCGGUCAUGGUCAAGAAGGACGCAAGAGCUUGGAGGAUGUGCGUCGACUUCACCGAUCUCAAUAAGGCCUGCCCCAAAGACUGCUACCCAUUGCCCAAGGUCGACACCUUGGUGGACUCGGCAAUGGGUUAUGAAGUCCUCUGUUUCCUUGAUGCUUUCAAAGGGUAUCACCAGAUCGGAAUGAGUCCGGAUGACCAGGAGAAUACGGCCUUCUAUACUGACCAAGGCACCUACUGCUACACCACCAUACCUUUUGGAUUAAAGAAUGCCGGGGCCACAUAUCAACGCUUGGUUAACCAAGCUUUCAAGUCCCAGAUCGGGCGAAAUGUCGAAGCCUACGUGGAUGACAUUCUCCUCAAGAGCCAGACAACCUCUACUUUUCUUUCUAACCUGAGAGAAGUCCUUGAAGUCCUCCGGGAAAUGCGAAUGAUGCUAAACCCUAAGAAAUGUGUCUUCGGGGUCAUUUCGGGAAAAUUUCUGGGCUACCUUGUCUCCAGACGAGGCAUAGAAGCGAAUCCGGAUAAGGUGAGAGCGAUCCAAGAAAUGUCCCCACCUCGGUGUAUCCGCGACGUGCAGAGGCUUACAGGGCGGUUGGCAGCCCUGAACCGGUUCUUAUCGCAGUCGGCCUCUAAGGCGUUGCCCUUUUUCAAAGUUCUGAAGAAGGCAGACAGCUUCUCCUGGACUGAAGAAUGUCAACGGGCGUUUGAACAGCUGAAGGAGUACAUUCACUGCCUCCCGACGCUCACCUCACCUCGUCCGGGGGACAAGUUGUUCUAG